AUGGCUUCCCGGCAACGAAGUUCCAAAGUGUGGGAGCAGUUUAAGAAAAGUGGUGAGAAAAGUGUGCAGUGCAACGUUUGCAAAGCUGAACUUGCCUUUCAUGGUAGCACAACGGCUAUGCAUGAGCAUCUGAAGAGAAAGCAUGUCAUUGUGGAUGGUUCUGAUAAGGGUCCGUCAUCUAGUGCUAAAAAAGCCCGGUCUUCUUCUCUGGACGGCUUUGUGACCAAGCCAACAAGGUGCACACCACACCAAGCCAAUGUCCUGACCGAGUCAAUACUAAACAUGCUGGUCACGGACAUGAGACCAAUGUCCAUGGUGGACGAUGAAGGAUUUAGAGAGAUGAUAAAGCAGUUCAACCCGGAAUAUCACGACAACUACCUACCAGGCAGAUCCCAUUUCACCACAUUGAUGGAAAAGAAAUACGAUGCAACCUUUGAGAAGGUAAAGGAGACCCUCAGAGGUGUAAAAAGUUCCUUAACUCUUACUGCUGAUGUGUGGACGAGUCGUGCGACAGAGUCUUACCUUGGUGUGUCUUGCCAUUUCCUGAGUGAGGAUUGGAAGAUGAAGACCUUCAACCUUGCCACCAUGCCUCUUGAGGAGAGGCAUACUGGUCCAAAUAUAAUGACAUGGAUGGAAGAGGUUCUGACGAAGUUUGACAUCUUGCCCACCAAAAUAAAAGCAGUAGUUCAUGGCAGUGGUUCCAAUAUGGUGGCAGCAAUGCGACUGCUUGAAGAAAAACAUGGAUGGGCCUCUAUCCACUGUGCUGGACACACACUCCAGCUCAUAGUUAACACUGCUCUCAAAGAAACAACCAUUAGCAGAGCACUAGGUGCUGCUAGGCAGCUAGUGGAGCACUUUAAGAGAAGCGAGCUGGCUAGUACAAAGCUAAAGACAAAACAGGAGCAAAUGAAUGUCAAGAAAAAUGCGCUGAUCCAGGAUGUCAGUACAAGAUGGAAUAGUACAUUCCACAUGAUAGAGAGACUCCUCGAACAGCGCUGGCCUCUCACUGCCACUCUCUCAGAUCCUGAGGUAACUCCAAGGGGGAAACAAUACUUCGACUUGAGGCCAGAGCAGUGGGAGCUUCUUGAGGAACUGAAGAAAGGGUUGGCACCUUUUGAGAGUGCUACUGUUUACCUAAGUGGAGAGCAGUACACAACCAUUUCUGGUCUUCCACAGGUCGUCAAAGGGCUGACACGGGCUGUACACCAAAGCCAAUUUGAGACAAGCUCAGGAAAAUCUUUCCUUGCCAGUGCAGAAGAAGAGAUAACACAGAGAUGGGGGAGUAUUUACAGUGUCUCAGGAGAGAAAGAAAAUCAAGUUAUGUUUGCAGCUGCCCUGGACCCCAGAUAUAAAAAGCUGAAGUUUUUGACUCCUGAAGAUGGCAUUAGAGUGCAGGGGACAGUUGAAGUGCUUGCUGUCAAAGAAGCCAAAAAGGCUGGGACACAGGAUGCAAAUGUGACGAGGGCCAGUGUUUCAGGUAGAACUGAAAGGAGUGCUAUGGAAACCCUGCUUCAGUCUGACACAGACAGUCCAAGUGAGAAUGAGGAUGGAGAAUCUGAGGAGGACCAAAAGAUCCAGGUUGCAAUAAAUGAAGUUCGGCUGUACUUUGGAGAGACCACCACACUCUCUAAAAUGGAUGAUCCUCUCAAAUGGUGGAGUGAAAAUGAGGGGCGUUUCCCCACACUGUCAAAGAUCGCUAAAAAUUUUCUUUGCAUCCCUGCAACCUCUACCCCAUCGGAGCGGAUUUUCUCUGCAGCAGGGAACAUCUGCUCUCAAAAGAGAGCAAGCCUUUCUCCAAGCCAUGUAGAAAUGCUAACCUUCCUGGCCAUGAACAAGAGUCUUGUGGGAUUGGCUACAGAGACAUUAAUUCAUGCCUUUAUCACCUCCAGACUCAACUACUGCAAUAGCAUCCUGUAUGGCCUCCCCUCCACUGUUCUUCAAAAACUACAAUAUGUUCAAAACUCUGCUGCUCGGCUGCUCAACCGCUCUCCCUCCAGAGAACAUAUCACCCCUGUCCUCCGUCAACUUCACUGGCUUCCCAUAAAACAACGCAUAUACUUCAAGAUCCUCCUUAUCACCUACAAGGCCCUCAACAACCUUGCACCCUCGUACCUGACUGAUCUCCUCCAUCGCCACUCCACCACCCGCCGACUACGCUCUGCAGAUGCCAACCUCCUCACUCCUAUCACCACGUCCAAGUACCGGACCCUCGGUGACAGAGCCUUCACCAUCGCUGCCCCUACCCUCUGGAACUCCCUCCCCCUGGCCAUCCGUAACUCUGAUACACUACUUUCCUUCAAGCGCCAUCUCAAAACCCACCUGUUCAAGACUGCAUAUGACACUUGA